AUGCACGACGCAGUGGAGAAAGCCAAAAUGUUCUUGGACGAUGCCUGCGUCGAAACUGACUGGAAGAAGUAUCCCAAAUGGCCACAGAUGAUAUCCUCUUUACGCGAAUCGCUGAACGAUCAGUUCCUGAGGAGGAACCAUCGCGACAUUGCCGCUUACCUGGAGACGAAAACGGACGAAUAUGUUCCGAAAUGUGACUUUGACGAGGUUGUUCGAUUCCUAGAACGAGGGACCACGGCACCCACGAUCCCUCCGACACCAGUAGGCCAGCAAGAGAACUUGGAUGAAUUCGUUUGCUCCGGUGGGGAUACACUCCCCACGGGGUCGCCCUUGGAUAAUGUCUCCGUCGCCACGAUGUCAAGUCUGGGCGAUGCAUUGUCACAGGUCUGCAAAGUCUGGUGCUUCCAAAAAUCCUAUUGGCAAGGCUUGACUUGCACCCAGAACGUGUCAUACAACAACUGGAUCAGAUACGACCGAGCCCUAAAAUUACAACUGGCCAUUUUCGACGUGAAUGAAAGCGAUCGCUCAUCGAUUGCAAGAGAUCGUUUAUAUGCGGAAUCGGUCCGCGGGAAGUGUGUCGUCUACUGGGUCCCGGAAUAUUGCCCAUGGUCACUUCACACAGAAGUGUUCGUGACCGAGUGUCCCGUGGCUCCUGAAAUGUGUGUCGGGGACUCUGUCGUCAAGAAGGUGGAUUCGCUGCGCAAAAGCUUCAAAAACUCGAGAGCCCAUGCUUCCUAUUACAGAAGACGAAUGGAACACGAAUUCUCGCCCAACUACCAGAGCGUCCCCGUCGAACGUCGAAUAACCUUACCCAAUCCCGUCCAUGGUCCACCGAGCUAUCCUUCGCCCGAGCGCCCAGCGGGAUCUUUUGCAACGGAUAUGGUGCGACGGCGGAGUGUCCAAUACUUCCGAGAAGAUUCCUUUGGAAAUGGUGACCGCACCAUCCUUGACCUUACACGGAGGGCGAAGCAUUUAUUCCCAUUCUUCGGGCCUUGUCUCGUGAUGUGCAUCUAUCAAUUCUGUAUUCAAUAG